AGACAAUGUGCAGUCACACUUCUGAGAAUCGAUACGUGCAGAUAUAUAUGAUUCGGAAAACGUAUAUAAAGAGACGAGUGCAGUUGGAAAACGGAAAUAGAAUCUGUCGACAUGUCGCGAUGUUCGAUUUACGGAUGCCUGACGAUCGCGAUCGUUCUCGCUCUGAUCGGCCACAAUAACUGCGCGAUCGACGCCCAACCGAUCGAUACGGCGAUCAAUGAGUCUCAGCCACGCUCCUACGCGGCAGUCGCCAGCGAUUUGAACACCGACGCCACUUUUUGGAGCAGAAAUUAUUACGGCUACAGACCGUUCGUAGGCGGUAGAAGUGCUUACGUCGGCUACGGGCCCGUCUAUCGCACCGGUGCCUACUAUCAACCCGACGUCGUCUUCAACGUCGUGGGCGGUAGCAGCGGAAGAGGUUACCGAGGCUACGGAGGAUAUCCGAGAUUCGGUGGCUACGGAUGGGCUGGAUACAUUUAAAUUUCGUGCCUUGGAUAAUGUAUUGUUAUUAUUGACGCAAAUAAAAUCAAUAAAUUGAUAUCAAGAAAAAGCGUU